CCCCUGCCGCCGCGCCAUGUCCGCCGGCUGGUUCCGGCGCCGCUUUCUGCCAGGGGGUCCGCUCCCCGCGCCGCGGCCCCCCCGGCCGCGCGCCAGCCCAGUGCCCUACCGGCGGCCCCGCUUUCUGCGCGGCUCGGGCUCGGGCCCCGGAACCGCCGACGCCCCGCGCAGACCGGACGCCCGGCCCGUGCGCAGCCCGGCGCGGGGCCGCGCGCUGCCGUGGAAUGCAGGCUACGCGGAGAUCAUCAAUGCAGAGAAAUCUGAGUUCAAUGAGGAUCAGGCGGCCUGUGGGCAGCUGUGCAUACGGAGAUGUGAGUUUGGGGCCGAAGAGGACCAGGAGUGGCUGGCCUUGUGCUCAGAGGAGAUCCUGACAGGUCAUUACUGGGCCCUGUUUGAUGGGCACGGCGGUCCGGCUGCGGCCAUCCUGGCUGCCAACACCCUGCACUCCUGCCUGCGCCGGCAGCUGGAGGCCGUGGUGGAGGGCGUAGUGGCCGCUCGGCCCCCCAUGCACCUCAGCGGCCAUUGCGUCUGCGCCAGUGAUCCCCAGUUUGUGGAAGAAAAGGGCAUUAGGGCAGAAGACUUGGUGAUCGGGGCUCUGGAGAGUGCCUUCCAGGAAUGUGAUGAGGUGAUCGGGCGGGAGCUGGAGGCCUCGGGCCAGGUGGGCGGCUGCACAGCCCUGGUGGCUGUGUCCCUGCAGGGAAAGCUGUAUGUGGCCAAUGCUGGGGACAGCAGGGCCAUAUUGGUACGAAAAGAUGAGGUCCGGCCCCUGAGCUCUGAGUUCACCCCAGAGACUGAGCGGCAGCGGAUCCAGCAGCUGGCCUUUGUCUACCCCGAGCUUCUGGCUGGUGAGUUCACCCGACUGGAGUUCCCCCGGCGACUGAAGGGCGAUGACUUGGGGCAGAAGGUUUUGUUCCGGGAUCACCACAUGAGGGGCUGGAGCUACAAGUGUGUGGAGAAGUCGGAUCUCAAGUACCCACUGAUCCAUGGGCAGGGUAGGCAGGCUCGGUUACUGGGAACAUUGGCCGUCUCCCGGGGCCUGGGAGACCAUCAGCUCAGAGUCCUGGACACAAACAUUCAGCUCAAGCCCUUCUUGCUCUCUGUCCCACAGGUAACCGUACUGGAUGUGGACCAACUGGAGCUGCAGGAGGAGGAUGUGGUUGUCAUGGCAACUGAUGGUCUCUGGGAUGUCCUGUCCAAUGAGCAGGUGGCACAGCUAGUGCGGAGCUUCCUCCCUGGCAACCGAGAGGACCCACACAGGUUCUCGGAGCUGGCCCAAAUGCUGAUACACAGCACACAGGGAAAGGACGACGGUCCCACAGAAGGGCAGGUGUCCUACGAUGACAUCUCGGUGUUCGUGAUUCCCUUGCACAACCAGGGCCAGAGGAGCGAUGGCCACUGAGGAUUCAGACACUAUACCCCAGAACCACUCUGGGGCCGGGUAUAGUCCGGGCAUCCCUCCAUCAGUCAACAGCAGGCCUACCUGCCCUGCCCCAGACACAAUGGGUUGAUCCCGCACCCCAGCCCAUCUCAAGGAGAGCAUUUACAGCAGGCAGUCAGAGCCGGAAGAGUAUGGAGAGCCCUGCUCCCCAGGUCCCUCUUCGGGCAGGCAGGGCAAGAGCGCAGUUAUCAGUAACCUCCCUUUACAACGUAGGAAACCCAGGUGGGGCUCCUCUGACAGGGUCUUUGCAACUCAACGUUAUUCCCAGAUGGGGACAGCCGGACUAAGGGCACUGGCCAUGAAUGCUAGGAGGGGCAGAAGAGCCUGUUUGAAUCUAGGUCUCCAACCCAUGAAUGUCAGAGUAUUUACUCAAUAACCUCCAGAGCCUAUGGAGGGUGCCUUAUGGGAAGCUGUGGGUAGCCUCCUGUCUGCUCAACAGCCAUCUUAAAUCAGCCCCUUGAGAGACAGCCCAGGUCCUGCCCCACUCCCCUCUGCCACUGGAGGUGAGGUCCAGGCCCAGGUGCUAAAGGUGGGGCAGAACAGAAAGAGGCAAGAGGAGCCCCACAGUUUGCUAAGCCAGGAAUGUCCCUGAUAACUCCCUCCUGGCCCCAGCCCUGCCCCAAGCUGAUGUGCCAGCAAUGUGGUUUUGUCGCUCCCCGACCCCUCCCUAUAAUUAAAUGUUUGUGUGAAGAGCCCUUGUGAAUCAUGAACUGCUGUAAAGCUUGGCAUUAUAGUACA